GACUUGAAUAAAAAGGCCUCUAAAAGGGCCAAAUUAUAAGUAAAACAUGCCAUAUUCCGGUAAAAAAGGAGAGACGAAGUCUAUUUCUAAGCAAGAAGCUUAUAAUUUUUUCUCUAUGCAGAGGACAAAGACAAUUGGAGGACAUAGUGAUUUAGUAAAGACACUUGGAUGGAAUUGUACUGGGAGCAAGCUAGCAUCAGGAUCGGCAGAUCAUAGCUUACGUGUAUGGAAUCCAGAGAAACUGGAAUUGAGAUAUUCAGUCGAGUUUAAGGGACAUUCUUCAAGUGUAGAUUAUCUUUCAUGGGAUCCUACACAUAGUGAUCGUCUUGUAAGCGUUGGAAAAGAUAAGGCAAUUCGUUUUUGGGAUUAUAGGGAGGGUAAGUGUGUCUUAGAAAUCCCAACAAAUGGAGAGAAUAUCAGUGUUACAUGGUCACCUAAUGGUAAUUAUGUAGCAUCAGGAAGCAAGGAUGAUGUAAUUACAUUUGUUGAUAUUAAGGCAAAAAAAAUUAUUAAUUCAAUCAAACAACCAGCAGAGACAAAUGAAAUAUCAUGGUCAAAUAGUGGCGAUUUUUUUGCUUUAGCUACUGGUCAUGGAACUGUUAAUUUAAUUGAAUGGCCAUCACUAAAACAUGUAUAUACUAUAGAUGCACAUACAUCUAAUUGUUUUUCUCUUGAAUUUGAUCCAAAGGGAAAAUAUUUGGCUAUAGGCGGUUCAGAUGCUCUUGUUAGUUUAUGGGAUCUUGAAGAGCUCAUCUGUGUCAGAACCUUUUCAAAAUUAGAUUGGCCUGUAAGAACAUUAAGUUUUACUCAUGAUGGACAAUAUAUUGCUUCUGCAUCUGAAGAAAUUGCAAUUGAUAUUUCACAUGUAGAAACUGGUGAACAUAUUUACAAAAUUCCUUCUAACGCUACUAACAAAGUUACUUGGCAUCCAUAUAGAUAUUGGUUAGCUUAUGCUGGUGAUGAGAUAAAUAAAAAAGGUGAUUUAUCCAUCUUUGGUAUCAAUAAUUAAAAUAUCUUUAUUUACUCAAUUAUAUACAUUUAUACACAAAUAAUUU